AAAUGUAAGGUCAUUUUUUCAACGUCCAGGUUUAUUCAGCAAAAGUUGGAACGUGCAACUCCUGCAGAGAGGCAGAUGGUGUUUGGGGAGAUCCUACAGGCUGCUUACCAACUCAUGACCGAUGUUUUUGGGAACUAUGUCAUACAGAAGUUCUUUGAGUUUGGCAGUGCGGAUCAGAAACUGGCACUUGCGACUCGUAUCCGUGGCCAUGUGUUGCCGCUGGCUCUGCAGAUGUACGGUUGUCGUGUGAUUCAAAAAGCUCUGGAAUCCAUCUCUUCUGACCAGCAGGUAAUUAGUGACAUCGUACGGGAGUUGGAUGGUCAUGUGCUGAAAUGUGUCAAGGAUCAGAACGGAAAUCAUGUGGUGCAGAAAUGUAUUGAGUGUGUCCAGCCCCAAGCUCUUCAGUUCAUCAUUGAUGCUUUUCAGGGACAGGUGUUUGUUUUGUCCACUCAUCCGUAUGGCUGCAGGGUGAUCCAGCGUAUCCUGGAGCACUGUACCCAGGAGCAGACCCUGCCCAUCCUGGAAGAACUCCACCAGCACUCUGAGCAGCUGGGACAGAAGUAUCAAGGCGUUUCAUUGGAGAUGAUCCCCAAAACAUAUUAUACAGUGUCCAGCGAUGCACUGUUCAAGGAUCAGUAUGGUAACUAUGUGAUCCAGCAUGUUUUGGAGCAUGGGCGUCCAGAAGACAAGAGCAAGAUAGUGGCGGAGGUCAGAGGGAAGGUUCUGGCUUUGAGUCAGCAUAAAUUUGCAAGUAAUGUUGUAGAGAAGUGCGUGAUUCAUUCUUCUCGUGCGGAGAGGGCCCUGCUGAUCGAUGAAGUCUGCUGUCAGAAGGAUGGACCUCACAGUGCACUCUACACCAUGAUGAAGGACCAGUAUGCAAAUUAUGUAGUGCAAAGAAUGAUUGACAUGGCUGAACCUGCCCAGCGCAAGAUCAUCAUGCACAAGAUUCGGCCCCAUAUUGCCACUCUCCGUAAAUACACAUAUGGAAAACACAUCCUGGCUAAGUUGGAGAAGUACUACAUGAAGAGUGGAUCAGACCUAGGUCCAAUUGGGGGCCCCACCAAUGGCCUAAUGUAAGGGCCUCCCACCCAACCCAUGCCCCUUUCCCUCAAAACCACGUCUGUUAUGGGCAUCUUCUCCACCGUGGCGUUCAUACCCUUUAGGGGUUUUACCAAAAAAAUGAAAGUAAAAGAAGUUGGCCUCACCUAAGAAUGCUGAGACGUCUGACUAGUCGCUGGUGCAGUUCCCAGUGCAGUCCCCAUUGUUACCUCCACCACCCCCCACUAGAGAGUGCAUGGUCUGUAAGCUGUUUCCUGGGUAAAGCACAACACCCUUGUUCAUGAUGUAAUUGAUGUAACUGACUGUUUCCUUUUUCCUUUUCUAGUAAAUAUCUUGUACAUUUUUUUACCUUGUACAUUCUCUGUAGAAAAAGAAAUGUUUGCUGAAAAUUUACAGUUCUAACAAUUUACACCAGCAAGUGACUUUAUAAGGCCAAACUGAGUGAUCCUUUUUAAUUUACUUUUUUUUUUUUU